AUGGCCACGAUGGCCGUGAUGGACGCAUCGUUGCCGAAGACGACGACCGCGAUGACGAACACGUGUCAGGGCUUCGCCGCGCCGCUGCCCCAUCCUGCCGCCGUCUCCUCCCCAUCCCCCUGCCAGCAACCUUCUACGCCAAUUGACACUCUCGCCCGUCAACUCCAUCAAGAUCCAUCACCGCAGCCGAAGCAGUACUGGGAACGUCGUCGCCACUCCAGCUCCUCUCUCGCGGUGUCACCUUCGGCUUCGUCCGCCUCCUCCGCGUCGCACGCUUCUCACACGGAUGCGUACGAGGUGGCGGUGGUAGCGGAGACGCGGCGCACGGACGUCGGUGGCUCCCUGCUUCAGCAACCGACUUCGCUGCCGUCAUGCACGGUGAAGUCGUACGGCACCGCCUCGGACAUCAGCGACGACGGCUCACGCAGCUCCUUGAGCGCUGUGGUGGCGGUGCACACAGUGGCCAAUACCUUCGACUUGAUGACGACGCAGACGGUAGGCUACAGAACGCCAAGCACCCGCGCCGAAGUCCAACCGGGUCAGCUCGAGCACCACGCGCAGCACCCGCAGCAAAGGCAAGGGCAAGUCAUGUCCAGCUACGCGGUCGAGUUCUCGGCGUACGAUCCGCACAGCUUCACCCUUUUGGAUGGCAACGCACACAUGGUUGGCGGGGUCGGGCAGAGCGAGCCGGCACCGCUCGCCAGAGACACGUCGCAGGAGCCGCUGGCGCCGGAAGGGGGCGCCAACGUUGGCGCUGGACCGGCUGAGGGCAGACGGCCCGCCAGCCCCGCCGCUGGCGGCAACGUGGGCGGCAACGGUCCUGCGCCAGUCUUUCUGCCGAGAAGCGCGCAGUCGCCAACGGGGCCGCCGCCGACGUUUGUGGAGCUCGUGAUGCGGCGUGUGGGGAGCACAUCACUCCUGCAGUUUCUGUGGGUGGUGCUGCUCGUGGUCAUGCUGCUGGUGGGCAACGCGUUUCAGGUGAUCUUCCUCAACUUCUGGAUCCACCAGUUUCCUACGAAGCUGAAUCCGCAGAUCGCGCCGGCGUCCUCGUCUUCCGCGAGCAGCGGCAGCGGCACCGACAGCAGCAGCGGGAGGCAUGCCGAAGCCCUCGCGAGCAGCUACACCACCUUCGUCAUCUCUGCCGUCCUGUUCCCUGCCUUCUUCGUUGUGCUCCUCAUCACCUACGCACUGUGGCGGCGACCGAACCUGCGCUUCACUCGCGAGUGGGCUGGAUGGCGGCUGCUGUUCGGUAUUGGGGCCAUGGACGCGUUGAACAGUGCCUUGGCCAUCUACGCCGCCGCCAACACGCCGGAAGUGCUGCAGGCGCUGUUCGUCUCCCUCGUCCCCAUCUACUCUGCCAUCUUCACCAAGUGGUUGCUGAAGGACCCGCGCGACUACGCCAACCCGUACGUCGUGGUAAGCUUCGUUCUGAUCGCGACCGGUGUAGCGCUUGCCUCGCUGUUCAACCAAGUCGUGACGCACCAUCACCACACGGAGGACAGAAGCGGAAGUGGUCACGCCGGGGUGAAGGAGCUCCUGGUCGCCGUCUUUUCGGACGGGUCAUCGUCAUCACUAUCUCCCGUGGCGCUGGACCGCCGACUGUGGUGCUUCAUCUUCUUUCUUUCCGUUCCGCCAACGGUGCUGAUGAACGUGUGGCAGACCAUGUACAUGAUUCGGUACACAAGCAACGAUCAGCUGAUGGCCUACCUUGCCGAGCACGCAGAUGAGGCGGAAUGCGGAGAAAGCAGCAAUGAUGUGGCUGCGGGUGCUCCGGGGCAGAGCACCCCGCUGCUGGACAGCGCCAGAGACAGUCACGGCGACGCGCAUCAUUGCCCCUCCCCGGCGGCGGGAGAAGCGGUGGAGCGGGUGCCGCUGCAGCCCUCGGUCGUCUCCGUGUCUAGGUCCUUGCCGCAUGGGUGGGUGCACCAGCAGCACAUCCCGCACAGCGAGCACCUCCUGCACGGCGAGGAUGCGAGCGUCAAGCUCGUCAUGCUGACCUCCGACACAGCUAUUCAAGCUAUCCUUGCCGUUGUGUUGAUGCCGAUGGACGCCCUGCCGUGGUUCGGUGGCAGUCACUCGAUCCGCGAAGUCGUGCAGAACCUCGACGAAGGCAUUGACUGUGUGCUACACUGCCCCCGCAACAUGCGUUACUGCAUCUUGUAUAGCACGGGCUUCGUACUCGUGUACAUCGCCUCGGCCUACCUCAACCGCUACAGUGUGACCCUCUGCUCCAUGGUCAGCCAGCUCUCCGGCCCCAUCACAGCCCUCGUCCUCAUUGCUUUUCCCACCCUGAACAUGACCGACGACGCCUCACCGUGGUACGUGAGCGUCUUCGCGAUCUUCCUGCUGUCCUGCGGCACUGUCCUGUACGUCUACUGGGAUGAAAUGACGGUGGAGGAGAAGGCAGUCGGUGAGAUGCAGCUGAAGUGGGCAAUGAUGCAGGAGCAGUCGCCCCGACACGCGCCGUCGUUGGCAGAGGGCCAGCGGUACCACGAAGUCGACAGCGGUGUCAAUGGCAGCAGUCUCGCCACAUCGCAGUCCGGCGUGUCGCAGCCGCAGCAGCAACAGCAUCGCCAUGCGCGAUCGCGGCGCUACUGCCGUCGUCGACAGUCCGGUUACGCUGUCGUGGUCGACCAAGACGCGUCGGAUGCCUCGGCCAGCGGACAACCGCACCGCUACUGA